GAAGGCGUCUUCAUUUAUGAGCAAAGGGAGAGGUGAAACCUGCGCUGCCGUUUGAUUUCACUGACACACUCAGUAUAACGUUGGACGAUGCUGCGAGUAAGGUGUCUGAGAGGAGGUAGCAGGGGGGCCGAAGCUGCCCAUCUGAUCGGAGCCAUGCUUGGCCGGACGGUGACUGGAUGGGUGCAGAAGGCCUUCCAGAGCACCUCCAGCGCAGCAGCUGCAGAGCCGCAACGUGCAGUUGUGGACGAGCAUGUUACUGAACCCAUGCAGCAGGAGUGUCCUGUCUGCAGUUACAAUGAAUGGGACCCUCUUGAGGAGGUGAUCGUGGGUCGUGCUGAAAAUGCCCAAGUGCCUCCUUUCACUGUGGAAGUGAAAGCUAACACAUAUGAGAAGUAUUGGUCCUUCUACCAGCAGCAUGGGGGCCAAUCUUUUCCUGCUGAACACUUGAAAAAAGCUGUUGCUGAGAUUGAAGAAAUGUGCAAUAUUCUGCGUCACGAGGGCGUCACUGUGAGGAGGCCAGAACCCAUCGACUGGUCCCUGGAGUACAAAACUCCAGACUUCACCUCAUCAGGCAUGUAUGCUGCCAUGCCCAGAGACAUCCUUAUGGUUGUGGGAAAUGAGAUUAUUGAGGCUCCUAUGGCCUGGAGGGCUCGCUUCUUUGAGUACCGAGCAUACAGACCUUUGAUCAAGGAGUACUUCAGAAAAGGUGCCAAAUGGACCACUGCUCCUAAACCCACUAUGGCUGAUGAGCUGUAUGAUCAGGAAUACCCCAUCCGCACAGUGGAGGACAGACACAAGCUUGCUGCCCAGGGUAAGUUUGUGACCACGGAGCACGAGCCCUGCUUCGAUGCUGCAGAUUUCAUUCGAGCAGGAAGGGACCUUUUUGUCCAAAGGAGUCAGGUUACAAAUUACAUGGGAAUUGAGUGGAUGCGUCGUCAUCUGGCACCCGACUACAAGAUCCACAUCAUCUCAUUCAAGGACCCUAACCCCAUGCACAUUGAUGCCACUUUUAACAUCAUCGGGCCAGGACUGGUGCUGUCAAACCCUGACCGCCCGUGUAAGCAGAUCGACAUGUUCAAGAAGGCCGGCUGGACUAUUGUGAAACCUCCGACACCUCUGAUUCCUGAGGACCACCCACUGUGGAUGUCCUCCAAAUGGCUGUCUAUGAAUGUCCUGAUGUUGGAUGAGAAGCGUGUUAUGGUUGAUGCCAAUGAAGUCACUAUUCAGAAAAUGUUUGAGAGCCUCGGUAUCAAGACCAUAAAGGUGAACAUUCGCCAUGCCAACUCCCUGGGUGGCGGCUUCCACUGCUGGACAACUGAUGUCCGCCGCCGCGGUACCCUGCAGUCCUACUUCUACUAGCCUUGCCAGAAAUAGGCAGUUUUUAUUGAGCUUUGAAGAUUAAAGCCUCAACCCGGAAUUUUAAUUCCACUGUAAUUUGUUUGAUUUUUAUUGUCAGUCAAUCAAGUAUGUAACUAUGUUCACACAGGUUAAUGAAGGGUUAUGGUUCGGGUCUUAAAUAGGUGUAGGUGUGUCCCCUGCUGCAACUCUUCAAACCUGUGUGAAACAAAUAUAAAGCCAAUAAUGGCACUAAAGCCCUUUUUCAGAUCGGGUCUUUAUGUCCUAAAUGAACAUGCAUGAAUUGUUUUUGGUUUGACAUCGCUGUGCAUCACAGUGCCUUUUUGCAAACAGUUUUGUUCAGAGAUAUAUAUGCUCAAUGGCAACAAAUGAACACCACUUUCCUUCAACCAGUAAUCUCAAUAUUAACUGCAUUUCUGGCCUGGCUAUUGUGAAGCUGAAUUGUUUAUGGCUAAUACAUCUAAAAGCCAUAACUUUGAGGACAAGGUACAGUUUGGUAUGUGAAUGUCAUCAAACUAUAGGGCACAGGAGGCAAGAAACUCCCUCCUCUUGAAAACUCCGAAACCAUAAUUCUGUCUCUUUCCAAAGUUUUUUUUUUUUUUGUUUAAAGACAUGCAUAAAAGUUGUUACAUGGGUCAUUAAACAAUAUUCAUUUCUUAUUGCUAGUUUAUUAUUUUGUAAAGAUUUGAAUUGAUUGAACAGACAAAGUUAUAUUUAUAUUUUUCAUACUCUUUAUUGGAUGUCCCGAAAAUUAGUGUUUUUAUAUAUUUACUUAAAAAGUAUGCUGUCCAUAUCAAAUAUUGUAUACCUUUUGCCUCUGCUGUUUUCUCCUGUUGCAAAUCUAGGCCAGUUAUAUGCUGCUAGUCAUUCUCACUGAACUGCUUAGCUGCUUUUGUUUGCAAAGCAAAAAUGCCUAAAGAAUGAAAGAUGUUUUGUUGUGAAGUUUUAUGAUUCCUGUGCCACAUAUACAGUAGGAUAUAAGUGUGUAGAUGCUUACCUCCUGAAGUCUGCCUUGAUGUUUAUUUUCAAGCAAUAAAAUCAAGGGGAGUUAUGGCUCAGCAGGGGAAUGCGAGUGAAGUUGUGUAUGAUGCAAUGAUAUUAAAUACAAUUAAAAAGAA